AUAGAGAGGAGGGAACAGUGCGGCAGAGACACUGACACAAACCAGGACACAGUGCCGCGUUUAUCUGUGCCUUAAGAGAGACCUGUCCUACUGGAAAUAAGUUACAGAAUGGCGCCCCCUGUAGAUGAGUGUGAGAAGAACACCCUGAGGCAGUGCCUGCUGGCACGCUCCCAGCUGGAGACAGCCAUCGCGGAGGUGACCAGGGCGGAGCUACAGCUGCGCGACAAUGCCAGAGAGGUGAAGUCCCAGCUCCACAGCUGUAUCAGCAGGCACCUGGAGUUCCUGCGCUCUCGUGAGGUCUGGCUGCUCGAGCAAAUUGAGAUUAUCCAGCACCUCAAAGAGGAGUCCCUGCAGCAGCAGCUACAGCAGCUCCACAGGCUCCUGGGUCAGUUCAACAUUGUGGUUCAGCAGCUGGAGAGUUCUAACAGCAACAGCAACAGCCUGGCCAACCAGAUCACCAGCUGCCUGGAGAAAUUGUCCAGUCUGAGCCUGAACCCCGAGGAGACCCCUGAGAUGAGUUUCCAGGCUGACUCCCGCUCCCUGCGCCAGGCCAUCACCUCCUUCGGGACCAUCGCCACUGAGGAGAUGGAGUGCCUGCCAGAGGCUCACAGUCCUCCAAAGAGUUCCAGACCUUUCCUGAAUGCCUGGCUUCUGCAGAACUGCCCUUUGGCCCCACAGCAGCAGAGCGAGAGAGCCGAGCCGCUUGCAGAUUGGCUGCUGGGGAGCCGUCCUGUGACAGUGUGCCCUGCUGGUUACCAGUCAAGCACUGACCCCCAGGACUGGCUGCUGAGAGAGGGGGAGAGGGGUCAGGUUCCCCCACCUUUGGCCCACUUCGAUUUAGAGGCAGCCUGGGGCCAGCUCUGUGACCUGGAGGCCUGGCUGCUGCCGGACAGAGCACCCCUUAGGAACCGCACCCUGAGUGAUGUCAGCAGCAGCAGCUCUGCACUGUCCAUAGAGAAGAUAGAAGAGUCAGAGCUGAAUUACAGCGAAGAGGGAGAGGAGGAGGGAGAGGGGAGCAGCUGCAGCAACAGUGUGGACCUGAGUGACUGGCUCAUCACCCCCACUGCAGGAGACAUGGGAAACUGCACACCCAGCAGCAGCACCCCCACUAGAGAAACUGAGAACGGCAGCAAGAAGAACCAAUACACGCUCAUCAGCGACCUCUUCAGACCUUUCCACGAGACCUUCUCCUCCAGUGAUUGGCUGCCCAAGACUGAAGGGGGGUGUGGCUCCUGCUGCGUCACCAAGACCGUAGCAAUCGAGAUCGAGAACCUUGGGAACCUCAAGUGUCUGAAGCAGAGCCCCUCCUCUCCCACUCUGGGCUCAGCUGGCGAGGCCUGGCUCCUGCAGCAGCAGCAGCAGGCUCCUCCUCCAAUCAGAGUGGAGCAGGUGUGCAAGGCCAACGAGCCGUGCAAGAGCUUCUCGGAGUGUGUGUGCGAGGAGAACUGCAGCAAGGAGGCUCUGCGGUCCUGGCUGCUCAAGCAGGAGGGGCGAGAUAAGAACGGGGUGCCUGCCGCUGCUGACAAAAACGGGGGCAGACCCAACCGUGUGGGGGCCCUGCUGGACAGCUGGCUACACCCCAGCAGGAAGGAGGCUCCCUUCCCUUCCUCCCCUCUCUCUAUCUGGGUCUGCCCCUCCGCACAGGGCCAGGAGAAAGCCAGUCGAGAGGAGCAGAGCUUGGAGUCCAAGAGCCCCUUCCACAGCCCCCUGAGCUCCCAGUGCUGGGUACAGCACCUCUCCCAGCCCCAGUCUACCCUCCCCGUAGAGCAGAGCCCCUUCCACACACCCCUGCAUCCAGAGAGUUGGGUCCUACCCCAGUCACACUCCCUCUCCCAGCCCCAGCCUGAGAAGCACAGCCACUCUGACACAGCAGCUCCGGAGGAGGACAAGUGGCUGCUCCGUAAGAGAGCUCAUGAGCGAUAUGGACUGCCUUCGGUCUGCGACCUGUUUGCCUGCAUGAAACUCAACGUGGACAAAGAGCAGUGGCUGUACAGCACACCUAUACAGAUGUGAGGUGCCCCAGAAAACCAUUCUGCCAAGAUUUGGGGAGAUCUGUGCGUGCCACCUCCUAAUCAAGAGCCAUUCGGUCGCUGCUCGACGCACACUUUUAUUUAUGGCCUUCUCCUUCUCUGUCGAACUUGUCUUUUUCCUCCUCCUCCUCUCUGUAUCUGUCUGUCUCUCUGGGCAGGAGGAAUAGGAACGACCCUGCUGCAUUGCGUUCCCAAACCAAGGGUCCAAGUCCAGAUAACAAAGGGGGGGUGGGGGAUUUAACCAGAAGGGGAGCACAGUGGUGUUUGACUCCAGUCUUGCAGUAUCACCUCCAACCCAGGGCUUUGUUUCAACCGUAAACUGAAUGUUGUGAGUGCGUCCUAUCUUGUCGCUGUGGACAAAUUGCACAUGUAAUGUGGAGGGGUUAAUUUGCCCACAGUGGGAAUGUAGGCCUCUGUCUUAUUUAUCUAUGACAAACUUCUAGUAUGUGGACUGGAAAACAUGCAGACCUGAGAAUCUAAGUCAUCAGGCUAUAAAUGUGUACACCAGGCUGCUAGAUCGGUUUUAAUUAGAAACUGGUUGGAACAAAAAUUGAGGAAAGACCAUUUGGGAGGAGUGGGGUUGAGAACCACAACUCAAUGAAACCGAAGGGCAGCCAGCCCCAGCUUGUACACAAA